AAUAGAACUUUUCUGUAGUCUCCUCUUCGUAUACAUCACAAUUCCACUUCUCCUUCUACUCUCACGCGCCGCCGUCACCACCGGCGGCCACCACCUCCAUCCGUCCAAACGCUGACUACAUCAUUACUUUUCCUCGACAACUGAAAUUCCCAAAAUUCAUAACUUCAAUCGUCGUAUUCCAAAGAGACCGAAUUUAGGAAGACGAUGCGUCUAAAGUUCAAAGCUUUACCAGGAAACUUUUUCCCGAGAAACAAACAGAGCCGUAGCAGGCUUCUGUGUACUGCUUCCAUCUCACACACAUUCAACGCUCCACUCGUCUCGGAGCUCAUAGCAAAGCAACACUGGUCGGAGCUGAAAAGAACCCAUCUCACUGACUCGAAUCCCACCAAACUUCUCCAACAACUUUUCGAAUCGGAAGUCGACCCCGACCUCAUUUUCAGGUACUUCAAUUGGUCCCAUAAAGAGCUUAACAUUUCUCACACUCUUGAACUCACUUGUAGACUCUUACACUCACUAGCAACCGCGAAAAAGUACUCCAAAAUCAGGGCUUUUUUAGAUGGGUUCGUUAAGAGGAAUGUUGAACACUCAAACUUCACAAUUUUCCACUCUCUUUCAAUUUCUAGUGAUCGAUUUUGCACGAGUUCAAUCAUAGUUGACAUGUUGGUAUUGGCGUAUGCUAAAAAUUUGAAAUCCCACUUGGCUUUUGAGGCUUUUAAGAGAGCUGGUGAUUAUGGGUUCAAAUUAUCUGCUUUGUCAUUGAAUCCUUUGUUAUGUGCUUUGGUCAAGGAAAAUAAAAUUGGGCAGGUUGAGUUUGUGUACAAGGAGAUGAUUAGGAGAAAGAUUACGGGUGAUUUGUAUACUUUUAGUAUUGUGGUUAAUGGGUUAUGUAAGGCUGGGAAAUUGAACAAGGCAGGAGAUAUUAUUCAGGACAUGAAGGCUUUUGGAGUUUUGCCGAAUGUGGUUACUUACAAUAUUCUAAUUGAUGGAUAUUGCAAGAUGGGGAAGUUGGGGAAGAUGUAUAAAGCUGAAGCUAUUUUGAGGGAAAUGGUUGCUAAUAAAAUCUGCCCUAAUGAGAUUACCUACAAUAUAUUAAUUAAUGGGUUUUGUAAAGAUGAGAAUGUAGCGGCUGGGAUGAAGGUGUUCGAGGAAAUGCAGAGGCAGGGUCUGAAACCGAACGUGGUGACUUAUAAUUCGCUGAUUGAUGGGCUUUGUACUGAGGGGAAGCAUGAGGAGGCUUGUGAUUUAAAGGACGAAAUGCUGGGUUGUGGUUUGAAGCCAAAUGUUGUUACUUUCAAUGCGCUUGUGAAAGGAUUUUGUAAGAAGAAGAUGAUUAGGGAGGCUAGAGAGGUGUUUGAUGAUAUUGGAGUCCAAGGCUUGGCUCCAAAUAUUAUAACUUACAACACUCUAAUUGAUGCAUAUUGUAAGAAUGGGAUGAUGGAUGAAGCAUUUCUUUCGCGCAGUUUAAUGUGGGAAAAAGGAGUUCUCCCUGAUGCUUCGACUUAUAACUGCUUGAUUGCUGGUUUUGGUAGACAUGGGGACAUGGAAAAAGCUAGAGAUAUUUUAGAUGAAAUGCAAAAUAAGGGUCUCAAAGCUGAUCUCAUAACUUACAAUAUACUAAUUGAUGCAUUUUGUAAGAAAGGGGAGACAAGAAAAGCAACAAGAAUUUUGAAGGACGUGUUUGAUAAGGGCUUGAGUCCAAGUCACUUGACAUACAAUACAUUGAUGGAUGGCUACUGCAAACAAGGUAACCUGAAGGCUGCGUUGAAUGUGAGAGCGCAAAUGGAAAAAGACGGGAAGCGAGCAAAUGUCGCGACAUACAAUGUGUUGAUCAAGGGGUUUUGUGAGAAGGGAAAGCUUGAAGAUGCAAAUGGGCUUCUGAAUGAGAUGUUGGAGAAGGGUUUAAAUCCAAACCAAAUUACUUACGAGAUAGUAAAAGAGGAAAUGAUGGACAAGGGUUUUGUUCCUGAUAUAGAAGGACAUUUUGUGUAGCGUCUCUGGCAGCUCUUGGCUGCUGAAAAUGAGAGAUAUUAGAGUUGUCCUGUACAUACAAAGGUGAGCGUCAGGCCAUGGGGAAACAAAUAAGAAGAUGAGGAAAACAAUGCUUUCCCAUUAUGAAUAUGGAGAACUUUACGAUAGGGUUUCAACCUUCAGGUGCUGUUUAUCAAGUUUCAGAC